CAUAUAUCAUAACGUGCCUUGAUGUAAUAAUAAAAAUAAUAUUUUUUACCACAAUAUACGAUUUCAUCUCCGCAGUUCUAAAAUUGUAAACAUUAUUUUUUUUAAUUUUUUUUAAGUAAUUCGACAACUUGUAUAAAUCAUCUUUCCUGAAUUUGCGAGGAUUCAACAGUCCUCUGACAUAAUAUUGUUCGAAGAAGAAAUCAAGAAUGAUUCUAUUUUAAAAUGAUUACUUAUCGAUGAACAAUAACUUAAAAAUUUUAAACACGUAAUGGCUGAUCGCAAAAAGUUAAACGAAAAUAAAAACUAUUUAAAUCAACAUUAUAUGAAUAAUCUACUUAUAUAUAUUAUGAUUUUGAUAUUUCCUUUGAGUAGCAGUACACUUGAAACUAAGCUAAAUAAAAUCGAUUGUUCAGAUUCAAUGACGUGCUCCAAAUGUGCAAUUAAACCUAUGUGUGUAUGGUCUUUAGAGCAACAAACUUGUGAAAACGAGAAUCAAUUCAACUCUUCAAGUUUAAAAGCUUCUCGAAUAGAUGAAUGUCCAAAGUUUUCAGUAACUAAAGAAUUUAAAUAUAAUAAUUUGCAAAUUGUGUUUAACUUAAUUGUUAAGUUAUCUAAUGAUUCGAUAGGUUUUUCAAAUUAUCUCAAUAAUAAUUGUACAUUUUAUGUUGGACAAAAAAAAUGUAAAAAAAUUAAUAUAAUCAAGUCAAACAACGAAAUAAUAAUAUCAUCAUGUCCAUUUCACUUAAACAGAACAUAUUUCACGGAUGUCCAUUCAUCGUCGUACACUUAUUUUACUUUUAUUAAGUUCAAUGACGUCAUGCUACGGUUUGACAACGUCGCCGAUCACUAUAUUACAUUUUAUAAACAGGAAGUAUGUUCCACCGACGAGAAGCACAAAAUAUCCUGUGCAACUUGUGCAUGGAAUAAUGAUGGAUAUUCAAACUACUUGAGAUGGUGUUCGUUUAACAACACCUGCAAGAUUCAGAAAGAACAAUACUUGAAGAACUACGAAUUUAACACGAAAACUGCGUAUGUGAAGAAUGAUUGUGCCGAAAUAAAUGUGACGGCGGUCGAUCCGCUGACUGCGCCAAAAACUGGCGGCACGAUCGUAACAAUCAUUAUUAGAAACCACAGGAUAUUCGCAGAAAAUCGAAAUAUAACUGUGACAGUGGCAGGAACGGUUUGCUCGAACCCCAGGACAUCUGGACCCGAGACUAUAACUUGCACCACGUCACAAUCGAACGAAACAUCAUACGGCCCGAUCGUGGUCGAGUACUCGUCGUUGACCGGAGGCGUGUUGAAAAUCGAGUCGUCACAGAUAUUCCAGUUUUACGUUAGCUCUACCUGUGGCACGCCCAGUCCCAUACUGGACGGUGAUCAACAACUUGGAGGCGUAGAGUCUGGUGGUACCUCCGUGUGGAUCCGUGGCGAUCAUUUCGUUGAACCUUGCGUUGUAUCCUCCGCUCUACUGUACGUCGACCUGUCCAACGGUGUCAGACAAUACGCAAAAAGUUAUUGCGAUACUCCGACUAACGAUACGUACAUGGUUUGUCGAUCACCUAGUGUGAACGGGAUUGGGAACGCGUCGGUUGUGGGACAGCUAUUGAACUUUGGGCUGGAUAUCACAUUUAAAAAGAACGACUCAUCCAUGAAUGAUUCGCUACUCGUCGAUGUUCGUAAUCCACUGCUCAAAUACCACGUGCACCCAGAUCCGUAUCUGGUGGACUUCGAAAUAGACGGAAACAGCUCAGUAGUUGUUCAUGGCCUCCAUUUGCAGUACGUCCAACCCGAAGACAUCGUGAUACGAUCCGUGGAUUCACCGUCUGCUCGUUGCGAGAUCGUCUCUGCCACGCGACACAGUUUAAUAUGCCAGCUUACCAUGGCUAUUGCUGCGUCACAAGAGAUCUCCGUCACAUUCGGCAAUUCGUUGCUGUACACAGUAAUUAGAAAAGCAUCGCCUCGUGCUCCUGUGUAUCCUUACAAACUUCCCAGCUGGCUCAGCGGGAUCAUCGCCAUUUCCACAGGGUUGAUAUUUGUCUUUGUCUUAGUUUAUUGCCUAAAAACGAACCAUCGUUAUAACGUGACGAAAAAUAUUCGUAACCCACCGGUGGCUUUCACAGGAUCACAGAAUCUAUAUAAAAACACUGCCAUGUAAUGCUGAAAGUUUACAUCGCUUACGCUAAAAAUCGAGCUUUUUCAACACGAUAUGUAAAAUUAUACGAAAAAAAUGAAAAUCUUUGACUGUUUAUUUUCUAGUACCUAACAGUUCCAAAUACCAUACUCUAUAAUUGAAUACUUAUUGCAGUUGUCAUGUAACGAGACUAGCCAAAUACAAUUUUUAGGAUAGAUCUAUAACCCUUUUAUCACCUCAUUUAAAUAUUUUUUAUAUACCUACUUUAAUAAUAUCAAAUUUUAAUACUUUGUUAAAAGCUUAAAAUAUAUAACUAAUACAGAUUCCUCAUAACCAGUGUUAAUAUUACCUCAAUAGAAAAAAAAAUCUUAUAAUUUAUUUUACUUGAAUAAUUAUUGUUUAAGUCUUACCAACAUGUAUGCUAUUUGCUUAUCUACUUGGCUUAAAGAGAAGGAAUCAAGAAUAGAUUUAAAUAAGAUUUCCAAUACUCAUUUACCUUCUCACUCUAUAAUUAAGCUCAAUUAACAUAGAUGCCUAUUUGGAGGGUGCAAGACAAGGGAUUUUUCCCUCCUGGAAAAAAAAUUAUAUGAACUUGUAAUUCAAUAAACAUUACCUUGAUAUUAUCUAAUUACGAUGACAAAUUGUU